CACGUUCCCCCUUCCGCCCCGCGCGGGCGGCACGGUCUGGAAGUCCGUGUAGGCAGCAGUCUGAAGAUUGACCCCGAGCCGUCCGAGUCUGUCCGAGGCCCAGGCCAGCGAGCCGAGGCAGCCAGUUGCGAAAGGUGGGACGGACUGUCGCUGGCAAGACAGCGUCCCGAGGCAGCGCGUCCCUCCCGGGCUGCCGUAGGUGCUGGCGCCGCGGCCGCGUGACCAGAGCUGAGCCAUGGCGGCCCCCAGGCCGGUGUCCCGCUUCUGGGAGUGGGGGAAGAAUAUCGUGUGCGUUGGGAGGAACUACGCGGACCACGUCAAGGAGAUGCGCAGCGCCCUGAGCAGCGAGCCGGUGCUCUUUUUGAAGCCGUCCACCGCGUACGCGCCCGAGGGUUCCCCGGUGCUGAUGCCCGCCUACUCCCGCAACCUGCACCACGAGCUGGAGCUGGGCGUGAUCAUGGGCCAGCGCGGCCGCGCCGUCCCCGAAGCCGCCGCCAUGGACUACGUGGCCGGAUACGCCCUGUGCCUGGACAUGACCGCCAGGGACGUGCAGGACGAGUGCAAGAAGAAGGGGCUGCCCUGGACCCUGGCCAAGAGCUUCACGGCCUCCUGUCCAGUCAGCGCCUUCGUGCCCAAAGAGAAGAUCCCUGACCCUCACGCCCUGAGGCUGUGGCUCAAGGUCAAUGGCGAGCUCCGGCAGGAGGGCGAGACGUCCUCCAUGAUCUUCUCCAUCCCCUACAUCAUCAGCUACGUCUCCAAGGUAAUGACCUUGGAAGAAGGGGAUCUGAUCUUGACGGGGACGCCAAAGGGAGUGGGGCCAGUUAAAGAAAACGAUGAAAUCGAGGCUGGCAUAGACGGGGUGGUCAGUAUGAGGUUUAAAGUGGAAAGGUCGGAAUGUUGAUCUGUACUCAAAUACUGAGUCUGCACAGAGCGCUCCAACUUCUUAACAAGCGUCGGAGAGAAGAGAGACAGAAGCAAGCCAAGAUUUGGGGGAAGAGCCCAUCCUGGGAUUUGGCUGCUACAAGCGCUCGACCAUUUGAGCCACACCCCAUCCCUUUUUGCUUUAGGUCAUUUUUUAGAUAGGGUCUCGCUUUUUGCCCAGGGUUGGCCUCAGACACAAUGAUCCUCCCACCUACGGCCUCCCUUGUAGGUGAGCUGACAGGUGCACAUCACCACACCCUGCUGGUGUUGCUGAGAUGGGGUCUUAGCUAGCUUUUUGCUGCGGCUGGACAGGAACCAUUAUCCUCCGGAUCUCUGCAUCUCAAGAAGCUGGGAUUACAGGCGUGAGCCACUGGGUCCUACAAGCAAAGGUUAUUAAAUGUGAUGUUCUAAUAGAAAGCAAUCUUUAAAAAAAGAUUUGAUUCGAUUGCUAGACCUCAAACAGAUAGACCCUUCAGGAAAAAUGUGAUCUGAAAGAGCUGCGACAAAUGGGAAAUAACAAAAGAUUUGUGCUUCCCAAGAGAGUACAUCAAACUAAACUUGCCCGAGUCUUGAGUUUCCUUAAUGAGGAUUUUCUCUGUGUACAGAGCACUCCAGCUGACUCUUACCAGGAAAAAUGUGGAAAAACACUAGUCCACACAAUCAGUUUAAGUUUGGAGUUUUAUUAAGUAGCAAUUGCUUACUUUGGGCACCCAUCCUGGCCUACAGUUUUGAGUUUGGGAGAUCAUUUAAAAAUAAAUAU